GCAAUCAAUACAGUCAGGCUACUUAGUAGUAUUUCUGGAGAGAGAGAGAGAGGAGGAAUAUACUUUGAUCAGUUUUCAGAUUCUAAUAGAAUCUAAGCUUCUGGAGACUGGAGCACUCGUUUUCCUCUGAUUAAUUCUCCAUUUCUUCUUCGAACUUUCUAGCGCCCGUUUCAUUUCUCUGUGGCGCGCCAUCACCAUGCCGGUGGAGACCUACGGCGGCGAUGUUCACGCGGUGCUGCAGUCGGAUAACUCAUCGCCGACAAUCCUUCGACCGCCGCAUAAUCCUCCUGCUCCGGCGGCGGAGGGCGAGAAGGAAAGAGGAGGAGAGCUAUUCGUGCCUCCUCUGAACUUCGCGAUGGUGGAUAACGGGAUUUUCCGGUCAGGUUUCCCUGAGCCCGUCAAUUUCAGCUUCUUGCAGUCCCUUAGACUCCGAUCCAUCAUAUAUCUGUGCCCGGAGUCAUAUCCAGAGGUGAAUAACGAAUUUGCAGAGGCUAAUGGGGUUGAAGUGUUUCAGUUUGGAAUCGAGAGAUGCAAGGAACCAUUUGUUAACAUACCGGACGAGGUGAUACGUGAAGCACUGAAAGUUCUUCUAGAUACGACGAAUCACCCUGUUUUAGUUCAUUGCAAGAGCGGAAAGCAUCGGACGGGAUGUCUGGUUGGAUGUCUGAGGAAGGUACAGAGAUGGUGCUUAUCCUCCAUUUUCGACGAGUACCAGAGAUUCGCCGCCUCGAAAGCUAGAAUCUCGGACCAGAGAUUCAUGGAGCUCUUUGAUAUCUCAAGUCUAAGGCAUUCACCCAUGUCAUUUUCAUGUUCCAUGAGGUAUUUUCAUCAGAAUUAAAAAAAAAAACUGGAACUUCCUUAAACAUUCAUCUGGAAACUGCGGUUGAUGGAAGCCUGUAUUAACCCUAAACCCUAAAUUAUACCUUAAUUUAGAAGAAAUGGGAUGUUGGUCAAUGUAAUAAUUUUGGAUGUUACCAAGGAACGGUCAUGUGAAAUGGCUGUAAGGCGGGCGAGUCUGUCAAACUUGUUUUGGCUAAGAUUCUGCCUUUAAAAAACAAUAGGUGGUAUAUAUAUGAUUUGAUAACCAUUAUGAUACUAUUAUAUUGAUGAUGAUGCACUGUUUUUUUUUUUCUA